CUUUAAACGAAAACGUGAGAAAAUGGUGUCUGAUGUUAGGACUAGGAUAAGCUGGUGGUGAAUUAUAAUAUGCGCACGCCGUUCAGUGGUUGAGUUUAGAUGACCUGAUGAUGGAGCCUCCAGACAGUCAACUGGAGAGGGGUGAUGUGACAACUGAAGAUUCCUCCCAGGAUUCGUCAGAAAUUGAGAGUAGUGUAAAGGGCUCUUCCCACCUCCCAGAGCGUCCUGCUGGUCCAGGAAAUCAGGCUACUGCCACUGGGGGAAAGUCAGCUGGCCUAUUUCCAGAUCUUAACACUGUAGACUGGUAUCUGGAUCCUCGUUUUCAGAGGUACUGGAAACAUUACCAUCAAGUGAUGAACUGGUAUCACAAACACCUGGAGACAUACCAGAUGUUAACUUCCAGGUUAAGCCCUGGGAGUGCCACUCAAAGCCAUAGCAUUAAGCCCAAUGUGUCACGUUUUAAUCCAUAUGCUUCAUUCCAUCGUAGUGCCAUAUCACAAAGGCCACGUCUUCCACUAGAAACCACCUACCCAACGUGGACUUCAAUUAACACACAAAGUCAGCAAGUGAAUACAGGAACACCGCACCAUACCAAAUCGAGUUCUUAUACAAGCAGAGACACAGCAUCAUCUGGUUUAGAGAGUAGCUCUUGUCUGGAGGGAGCUGAAUCAAAGUUAGCCACUGCCAUUAAUCCUGAACAGUUUGAAAUGGAAAUCACAGAUGAAAUGGUGGAAUUUUUUGCACAGUCCAGAAAGCAUAAGAAAGAACGAGAUGAUGCUAAGAAGUUGAGUGAUGUGGAAAAUAGUGGAGAUGUGUAUGUUGAUGCAGAAAAAACUAAUCGAAAGACAGCCACGACUCAGGCACCGACGGAGAGGCCAGGUGCGAGGCGAACCCAAGAAAUGAAACUACUGUAUGGGAAAGGAGCUGCAAUGAUUCAUGGGAUGGAGACUGCCAUGCAGAUGACCUUUGACCGAAACACUGAUAUCCUUCAACCAAAACUCUGGCCAAAUAUGCCCUUGAAAAUUGUGUUUUUCAUGAAGUUGAUAAGUGAAUUGUUCACUCUUAAUUUCAGGGGAUUCACUGUUUCGGUGGGAUACUGUGUCUCGUGUAAAUGUAAUUUGAAGCAGACGCACUUCUCUUCUGCAUAAGGUGAAAUUGUUUGAAAUAAUGAGUCUUCCCUGUGAUAUGGCUUUCUUGCAUCAGUUUAGUCAGAGUUGGUCCUUGAACUCUCAUGGGAAAAGUGGUGUCUAAAUGAAGAAUAGCUACAGUAUCCUGCAAAUAGUCCAUGUCUUCAUGCAGUCAGGCCUCUGUGUGAAGAGAAAGUCCCAUGUUAAAAGAUAUUUAUUUAUUUGAUUGGAUUUUUACGACUCAAGAAGAUCUCACAUAUACAAUGACUGCCAGCAUCAUGGUGGGAAGGAAACCUGGCAGAGCUUGAGGUUAACCCAUGACCUUCCGCAGGACGCUGGCAGAGCUUUCCAGGUAUAAAUGGGGAUGAAGCCAUCAUGAACUGGACUAGAAGUCAUAGCAAUCACAUGGUUAGAGUCUCCUGAGUUAUUGUGCUGUGGUAGCAUGCUAACCUCUAGGCCACAAAAUUUGACUGACAGGCCUACAGAGCAAUUUAUUGAGCUGCUUAUUGCAGCUACAUGUACUUGUAACAAACUGUGUAAACUAUACAAAAUGAAUCUUCCAAGACUAGAUAUUUUGAUGAUGUGAUAUAAAUGUGUUUUCUUGUAAGAAUGCAUGGCCUUGUUUUUUUGACCAUGGAAUAGGCAUGAGAAUAGCUCUUAGUGCACAUUGCAUAAUGCAAAUCACAAGAAUUUUUGUUUAUGGCCAAACAUAAAGGUCAAGAAAAAUGUCCGUAAAACAUCAUUGCCAUCCAACACUAUAAAAAGCCUACUUCAGAUUUCAAGUGAAUAUCUUUAAGUGAAUUUAAUUGUUUUUCAAAAAGUUUUAAAAACUUAGUGAAGGUAUUUUUAGGUACAUUUCUCAGUGGUAUGUCUGAUGAUGAUGACGUGCUGUUUUGUUCUCAUUUCUUGUAUGGGAAUCAUCUUACUUCAGGGACCGUCAGGGAUUGUUGAAUAAAUGUUUCUUGAAUGCCAGAAUAUAGCAUGGAAAUAAAACUUGGGAAUCGUCAUUUGUGGAAAAUAUGGACUAUUCCAGCCAUUUUUCCUGCUAAAGACAUAUUUACAUGAUCAGAAAGCGUUGAAAAACAGGAAAAUCGUGAAAACAUUAAGAUACUAGUAAGGCAAAAUAAAAAGUGGAUUUUUGUUUCAUGUCUGUUUUUCCAUAAAACUGUAAAACACCAAAUAAUAUUGGUGUAACUAAAUUCACGAAGGAUUUACAAAUGUGAGAAAAACAUGGAAUUUUAGCUUUCUAAAAAUCUAAAAAUUUUGAAUACUCGGCAGAUGAAUUGGCACUUUAAAUGCCUUGUGUGUAAACCUUUUGAAUAAUCAAAUUUUGAAAAAAAAAAUGAAAACGUAAAAGAAUAUGUCAAACAAUGGGCAUGUAACAAAUAACAUAUACCAGUGCAGUAUACCAGUUGUGUAAAGGUGACUUUAACACUGAAAUGUAUUGUUACUCUAUGCCAAGAGUUUUGUCAGAUACAUGGAUGUGGUGAAAAAUCCUGCCCAGUUUCCUCCAAGCUCCCCAGAUUUCUCCCACUGAUAGACCAGAUGACUGUCAUUUGGGUGAGGCUGUCAAUAACAGUAUGUUUGUUUUGCACUACCUGAGUGACCAUACCUUACCCAAACAGCCCUACAUCAAAGUUUUUAUUGGGCCUUCGAUAGACAUUUAGUUUCAUUUUUCUCCGUAUCUUAAAACCUCAAGUAUGCCUUUCUUUAUCCAGAAUAAAAAAGCUUUCCCUUCUGACCCACCAUGUUUAUUCUGAGAGGAUCAGGUUAUGCCAAACAAAGAAUUGUUAAAUGAUGGCAUGAAAUAUUCUUGACACAGCAAAAAACAGAUCCGAUAAAGUCAAUAUAAAUUGGAAAUGUGCUUUGAGUGCUAUGUUGUGCCAGUGUACAUGUUGGUGAUCAUUUUCCUCUACCUGAAGGCUAAUUUAUUAUUGAUUAGUACACUCUAUGUCGUCCCUGAAUGCAUGUUGUUAAAGAUGGCCCAAUUUACCUUGCUAAUGCUUCCCUCAUUAGAAGAAUGUAUUCAUCAAGGGGUGUAAGAGCUAGCACUGUAUUUUAUGUGUACCUCUAUCUUUUCCGCUGGCAUUCCAUUGAAUGGAGUGGUUUGAUUUUUCCAAUAAACAUUGAAAA